CGCACCCCGCUCUCUCUCUCCCCAGGUAUCACUGUACUGACAUGGAGGGGGCGAGUGCAGUGCUUUACGCAGAACGCCAUUGGAGAAAUUCAAAUUUUACAGCCAAGAAAGUCUCCAUUUUUUUACCUUUGGCAACGGCUAUUCGUUAGCAGUUGAGAUGCGGCGUUCAUGGUGGACACAAACAUUUAACUGACCAAAAAAAAACCCUAAAAAGCCUCCCAAUUUCUGUCUUUUGAGCCUUGUCCUAGGGUUUACAGGGAGCAUCCAUGGAGUGAGCACUUUACUUUGUAACAACGCCAUUGAGAAAUUCCACUCUUUCCUGGAAAAAAAACAUUUUUUUUGUUGUGCUCGUCAUGGCUAGGGCGAGUUUUGCCAGGGGGUUAGGGUUUUCUGUCAUGGAUGCGUCAAAAGGGGGUCGAAGCUGGUUCACUCCUUUGAUGGCCACUGCUUCUCAAGCCAUUAUAGAACGUUUUCCUUUGGUUGACUACAUUUUGGAAAUUAGGGAUUCAAGGGUGCCAUUUUCAUCUAAAUACCAAAAUUCUCAACAUAUUCCAUCGAAGUCUAGGCAUUUGGUAGUCUUAAACAAGAAGGAUUUAGCUAGUCCUUCACAAACGCAGAAUUGGAUGAGGCAUUUUGAAGGACAGAACUACAAUUGCUGUGGUCUCAAUGCCCACAAUAAAGAUGAUAUUACAAAGUUGCUAAAUUUUAUACAAGCACAAGUAAGCAAAAUGAAUGUUGAUCGUUCAAAGCCUACGGCAACUAUAAUGGUCGUUGGAAUUCCAAAUGUUGGGAAGUCAGCCAUUGUUAACUCUCUGCAUCAAAUUGGUCGAAUUAGUUCUACGGAGAAGGGGAAACUGAAGCAUACAAUAGUGAGUCCACACCCAGGAGAAACAAAAGAUAUUGGUAGUUUUAAGAUAGCGAGCAAGCCCAAUAUAUUUGUCUUAGAUACGCCAGGUGUUUUGGUUCCCGAAGUUCUGAACAUCGAGAUGUGCUCAAAUCUUGCUUUAACAGGUGCUAUAGAGGAUAGUUUGGCUGGAGAAUAUCAGAUUGCAAAAUAUUUUCUGGCCAUCCUCAACAGUUCUGAGGAAUACAGGCACUGGAAGAACUUGAAAGCCCAAGAGGAUAACAAUGGGCCAUCUCAGAAUCACCUCUUGGGCAGAGAUUCAGAUAGUGCUGAACCAGGAAGGAAGAAAAGGCAGUACCCCACAGAUCACACUCAGGAUUUCAUUGUGAAGGAUGUACGUCGCGUCCUGUACAACACAAUCUCCACUUUCCAGGGUAAUUUGGAACAUGAGAGUCAAAUGAUGCGAUUGAUUGAAUCUCAGCUUCUUGCCUUGCUUGAGGCCUUUCGAAUACCUCCAGAUUCAGGUAACGAUAAGUUACACAGAGUUUCCACCAAGUUAAUAAACUUGUAUAGAACUGGUAGGCUUGGCCAUUACACUUUAGAAACUCCUCUUCCAACUAGAGAUCAACACACAAUUGUAAUUUGAAUAUAUUAGUUCUAUACUUUUAUGUUUAUUUCUCGCUCUCUAUCUCUCUCUCUCUAUAUCAUAUAACUGUCAGAUGACAUCACAUAACUGCAAUACAUACCCACACCAUACAUUGGAUGCCUCAUUUUUUUGCAUGCAUUUAUGUAGUUUUGUCUCAGUACAAGCUUGCAAUUUUAGGGCUACAAAAGACCUCCACUUCUUCUAAGGUUGUCCUAUUAUCAUCUCCAAACAAUGACUCCUUCCCAUCCUCUCUCUUGGCAUAAGACAACCCCAGUCUAGACUUGGCCUGCCUAAGGUCACCGAUGCCCGAAUUCGUGUCGGGACCUGCAAACCCUCCCAUUACGGGUGCAAGUGGGGGCCCGAUCAAAAGCCCAUCUGCCCCAAAUUGGGGUCCACCUCUUGCAUAAUCAAAUAGGGCAGCCCCACUCCCCCCUAUUUUUCGCAAUUUGAUUGGUUUCUCACUCUCUCUAACAUUUCCUUUGGUAUCUCUCCAAUAGAAUAGGAAUGCAUCAAAUGUGUCAUAGUAGUCAUCCGUGCUCCUAUAGCCCUCUGGGUUGAAGGCACCAAACUUGAAGGACUUGGUGGUGUACCCCAUUAUCACACAGGGUCCCUUGAAGUCGCAGCAUGCAUGGAAGUUGGUGGCACUGAAGCCAUCAAUGGAUGCCUUGUAGCAACACUUCAGCUCUCGACCUUGGGACCAUGUUUUAUUUAAUUUUUAUUAGUUCUUAAGAACCAAUUUGAUUAUCAAUAACAAAAAUAGAGUUAUUUCUUCUAGAAU